CAUCGGUACACGUUCAUGAACGGGAACCUCUCGCAGGUCAUCAAUGACGCCAUUCUCAUGACCUCGAUUAUGGACACCUACUUUCAAGAUGUCAACAUGAGGAUACAUCUCAAAGCUCUCGAAGUGUGGACACACAGUAACAGAAUAUACCUCGGAUAUCCCGAGUUAUCCGAAGUUUUAGGCAGAUUUCUGCUGUACAGAAAGAGUGUGCUUAAUAAACGACUUCCGGCAGACUGGGCACAUUUGUAUGUCCACAAGAAAUACUCGGAUGCCCUGGCGUGGUCCUUUGGAAGAGUGUGUUCUCUAGAGCAUGUCGGAUCUGCCAGUAGUUUACUCGACGUGAACAUCCUCGCCCCUGCCACCUGGUCUGCUCAUGAGCUGGGCCACGCUGUGGGAAUGCUGCACGACGAAGAAUACUGCCAGUGUAAGGGGAGGCUUAAUUGCAUCAUGGGCACAGGACGCUCUGGGUUCAGCAAUUGUAGCUAUAUUCAUUUUUUCCAACACGUAUCUUCAGGAGCAACAUGUCUCAACGAUAUCCCAGGACUUGGCUAUGUGAUUAAGAGAUGUGGAAACAGAAUUGUGGAAGACGAUGAGGAAUGUGAUUGUGGUUCCACGGAGGACUGUCGAGGAGAUCGGUGCUGCCAGUCCAACUGCAGACUGAAACUCGGUGCCAACUGCAGCAUUGGGCUUUGCUGUCAUGACUGUGCCUUUCGCCCGUCUGGAUACGUGUGUAGACGGGAAGAAAAUGAAUGUGACCUUGCAGAGUACUGUGAUGGGAGCUCAAGUGUCUGCCCGGAUGACUUCUAUAAGCAGGACGGAACCCCUUGCAAGUACGAUGGUCGUUGUUUCCGUAAGGGGUGCCGAUCCAGAUAUAUGCAGUGCCAGAGCAUUUUUGGGCCAGAUGCCAGGGAGGCUCCUGACCGGUGCUACGAGGCAGUUAAUUUAAUAGGUGACCAGUUUGGUAACUGUGAGAUCACAGGAAUUCGAAAGUUUCAAAAGUGCAAAAGGGAAGAUUCAGUCUGCGGCAGGCUGCAGUGUAUAAACGUCCAAACCCUCCCCGACUUGCCAGACCACACGACGGUGAUUUCCACUUAUUUGCAGGCAGAAAAUCUCAAGUGCUGGGGCACCGGCUAUCAUCUGUCCAUGCAACCCUUGGGGAUACCGGACACGGGUGUGAUCAACGAUGGCACCUCCUGUGGAGUGGACCGGGUAUGUGUCAACAGAACUUGUGUGAAUAGCUCAGUGCUGCAGUUUGACUGCUUGCCUGACAAGUGCAAUGCCCGCGGUGUGUGCAACAAUCGAAAAAACUGCCAUUGCAUGUAUGGCUGGGCCGCUCCUUCCUGUGAGCUGGAAGGGUUCGGAGGAAGCGUUGACAGUGGGCCUCCCGGACCCAUAAGCGUGGAGGUGUCCUCCGGGCCCAUUCCGGUUGUGUUCAUUAUGGUGCUUCGCUUUGUUUUGCUGAUCCUCUCAGUUACAUUUGUGUUUUUCUGGCAAAUGAUAGGAAACUAUCUGAAAAAGGAAAAUACCGAAGCACCAAAAUUUGAAGCACACACGGCACAUAAUGAGCCUACUACUGUACUCGAUGAACCUAAAGCAAACAUUGCAAGUAAACCCUCCAAAGCAAAGAAUGUCAAGAAACUAAAAAAGUAACUACGCAAUCCCCAGGCUCAUGGA